GGAGGGGAGAGCUGAAGGAGAGAAAUCGUUUCCAGGGGGCGGUGCUAUGAAGUCGGAACCGUCAAACUAAUCCCCUUCGAAACAUUAACAGGAGUUUCAAGUGACUUCUGCUCGUCAAUGAGACACGAAGACAGAGAGCUACAUAGAGCAGACAAAGAAAACAACCCUGAAGCAGAGUAAUAAAUCUUCUAUGCUGCUGAAAAGAGGCUUUGAUGCUUCAGUAUGGACCAGGUACUUCCCAGCCAGAGCCCAGCUUCAGACAUGUUGGAGGAAGACAGCGAGGAGCUCCAGCUCAGAGUGGACUUCUUCAGGAAACUGGGUUACACUCCAGGGGAAGUGAUGGCUGCUUUGAGGAAGCUCGGCCUAGGCGCAGACACUAACGCUGUACUGGGAGAGCUGGUCAGGAGCAGGACCAGCUCUGUGCCAGGUUCUGACAGUGAUGAGAAGACCACGAGCCACAAAGACCCUCUGCUGCCUCCCAGUUGGGCUGCCGGGCCCUGCAAAGUCCCACCUCCACUUAGAGACCAAAACAAUGCAGACACAGAAUUGAGGCCUGUUGUGAUUGAUGGCAGCAAUGUUGCAAUGAGUCAUGGCAACAAGGAAGUGUUCUCGUGCAGAGGCAUACAGCUUGCAGUAAACUUCUUCCUGGACAGAGGUCAUAAUACCAUUACUGUGUUUGUGCCAUCUUGGCGCAAAGAGCAUCCCAGGGCUGAUUCCCCCCUCACAGAUCAACACAUCCUGAUGGAGUUUGAAAAACAAAAAAUAGUUGUCUUCACUCCGUCACGCCGCGUCGGGGGAAAGCGCGUGGUUUGCUACGAUGACCGCUUCAUUGUCAAGUUGGCGUAUGAGUCAGAUGGAGUGAUCGUGUCCAAUGACACCUACCGGGAUCUUCAAGGAGAAAGACCUGAGUGGAAGAAAUGCAUCGAGGAGAGGCUCCUCAUGUACUCAUUUGUGAAUGACAAGUUCAUGCCUCCAGAUGACCCUCUGGGUCGCCAUGGCCCCAGCCUUGACAACUUCCUAAGGAAAAAGCCUCUGCCUACUGAGCAAAAGAGACAACUCUGUCCAUAUGGCAAAAAGUGCACUUAUGGUAUCAAAUGCAAGUUCAACCAUCCAGAGAGGGCAAACCAGUCUUAUCUGUCUUUAGCUGAUGAAUUGAGGGAGAAAGCCCAGAUUUCUGCUGGAAAAGAAGAGAGAAAUGGUAGACAACUUCAGUAUGAUCCUGUGCCUGCUCAUAAUGUGUAUUCUCAUUGCCGAGACACUAAAAAUGAGCUCAUAAGAAAACAGCAGUGUUCCUCACAUCCUGGACAGGUUAGUGAAAACAAACUGCUGUACCGGGAGGAUCCCAGAGGCAGUCUGAACCAUGCGCCAUGUUCUGUAACAGGUAGCCAGUGUCAGAAAGAAUGUCCUAGGCUGUACCUAAUGCCAAGUCAUUACUAUGCAAACUUGUCUCAUGAGUACCUGGAUUCUGGUCUUGGCUCUUUUGAGAGCCAGUACUCUGACAUUUCCCCUAGCAACUCUCACAGGCUCAUGCCCCAGCAGCUGAGCACCUGCACUGGAUCCAACCACGCCUCAGUGCUUUUAGAGAAAAAACACACCAGCCAGUCAUGCAGGUCUUGUUCCCAUGAAUGUCUCUCAACUGCCCACCAGCAACUUCAUGGAAAGACUGACGAUAAAGGUCUGCCCCAUUAUGACUCUUAUCCUCCUUAUGUGUUCCCAAGUGGUGUGCCUCACCAACACAGCUAUCCCAGCCAAUACCAUUGUAACGAUGUCCCUCAUCUUCAGCAAAAGUACUGGUCAGAUCCCUUUCAGGGGCUUCCACAGAACAGGACAUCAAGCAGUCUCCCUGCUCCGAACCAGUCCACACCCUGCAACACCUCUCACUGUUCCUAUAACGGUCAUCUGUACCAUUCCUGGGGCCAACCACAGCGACCAUCCGCUGCAUUUGACCCACAAAGGUUAGAACUGCGCAAGAAAUUGCAAGCCAUCUUCAAUCCAUAUCAGGUGGAUACAGUCAUGGAAAUGUUCCCACAUCUGAUGGAUGCUGAGAAACUGGCUGUACAGAUACUAAAUCUGAAGGCUCAGAGGGGGAUAUUCUGAAUAUUUUAAAUUUGUUUUGACCAAAGCUAGAUCCAAAUCAUUUUGUCAAAGCAGACAAAGAAUCUCUGGAGAAACUGAUACUGGACAAAUGUGAUUUAAAAGCUAACUGUAAAGAUACUUUAUUCCGUACAUUGUGUCAUUGUACGAAUUAAAUUUGCCUACCUAUUUAUUAUCUGUGAAACUAAACUGUUGUAUUAUAUUGUAUGACAUUGUAGUCAGUGUGACUUUGUCCAUGUUUUGGAUGAAAUGUGCCUCUAGACCAAGAAUAAUUGAGCUACUACAGUUCUGAAAGUUGAUGCAUAUUGCAUUAAAUGCUAUAUAUUUUAAGUUCUCAUCCAAUGAGGAAUUGCUAAUUAAGUGUUACCUAUUCCUGUUUUUAGUUCUCCAGAACAGCUUGUUUGCUGUUCAGUAUUAUCUCUGCAAGGUGCACUGCCAUUUGAUUUUAAAACACUGUAAUGUCACCUUCCUUUUCCUGUAAAUGAGCACCAGUUUCAAAAAGCACUCUCAGAACAGUUGUUCCUGUAACAAUGAAUGUUGUAUGAUGGAAAAUUAUAAUAAAGUAUGGAACUUAGUUCUCAUUAGCAUGCAAA